GCUGCGCGCUGAUCUGCCAUUUUGUUGUGGGGAUCAGAUCAGGGGACGCAGCACACGCUCUCCUGUAAAUGAAUAACACGCUUCUCUUGUAGCGGGUCAGAAAUAAAGCGAGGCACGAUGCUUUCAGCUGCCCAGUUACUCGAUGAGUUAAUGGGCCGGGACCGGAACUUGGCUCCGGACGAGAAGCGGUGUAACGUGCGCUGGGAUCACGAGACCGUGUGCAAAUACUACCUGUGUGGCUUUUGCCCUGCUGAACUCUUCACAAACACACGAUCAGACUUGGGUCCAUGUGAAAAAAUCCAUGAUGAGAACUUGAGGAAAAUGUAUGAGAAGAGCUCCCGCUUUAUGAAGGAAGGAUAUGAGCGAGACUUCCUGCGGUACCUGCAGAGUCUCCUUGCCGAGGUGGAGCGCAGGAUUCGGAGGGGCCAUGCACGCUUAGCCCUGUCACAAGCCCAGCAGAACUCUGGAGCGCCGGGUCCAUCUGGGAAGAAUGAGGAGAAGGCUCAGGUCCUCACUACAAAGAUUGAGGAGCUUGUUGUUCAGAUUGAGGAGUUGGGCUCGGAGGGGCGUGUGGAGGAGGCGCAGGGCAUGAUGAAGCUGGUGGAGCAGCUAAAGGAGGAGCGGGAGCAGCUCAGUUCCACCCCUUCAACGAUUGAGAGCUUUGCAGCUCAGGAGAAGCAGAUGGAGGUGUGUGAAGUCUGUGGCGCUUUCCUCAUAGUUGGUGACGCUCAGUCCAGAGUGGACGAUCAUCUAAUGGGCAAGCAGCAUAUGGGAUAUGCCAAAAUCAAAGCCACGGUUGAAGAACUGAAGGAAAAGCUGCGUCGACGCUCAGAGGAUCCGGAGAAGGAUGAUCGAGGCAAGAAAGAGAGGGAGGACCGGGAGCGUGAAAGAGAGGAGCGUGAGAAAAGACGCAAAGAGGAGGAGGAGAGGGAGAAAGAGCGAGAAAAGGAGAGGGAGAGAGAGCGGGAGAAGGAGAGGGAACGUGAGCGGGAGAGGGAUCGGGACAGGGAACGAGACCGAGACAGGGACAGGCGCAGGAGGAGUCACUCCAACAGCAGACACUCCAGCCGCGCGUCAGACCGCCGCAGGAGCCGCUCAAGAGACAGGAAGAGGUCCAGGAGUAAGGAACGCGACAGGAAGCGCAGCAGGAGCCGUGACCGAGAGAGGAGGCGCAGCCGGGAACGCUCGGACAGGAAGCGACGUUCUCGCAGCAGGGAGAGGAGGAGGUCCCGCAGCUCUGAGCGCAAGAGCCACCGGCACCGCAGCCGCAGCAGGGACAGAGAAAAGGACAGAGGAGACAGAGACAAGGACAAAUCUUCAAGAGACAAAGAGCACAAGGACUCCUCGGAUGAGAAAAGGAGCAGCAGAAAGGGCUCGGUUGAGAAGUCUAAUGAGCUCUCGAAGCCCGAGCCCAUGGAGGCCGAGCCUCCCAAAGCGGAAGUGAACGGCACCGCGCAAGAGCUACAUUCUGAAGGUGACACACAGUCCAAUUAAAACUGAUCUGAUAGGACCUCAGAUCAGCCCCAGGGGGAGUUUGAACAGCUGCAAGAGGAAGACCUGAAGACCUCCAUCCGACAACUCACCUCCGCUGCUUUAAAACAAGGUGAACCACAGAUGUAGUGGCCUAUAUGAUAAAGAUGUAAAUGUCAAAUGGUUCUGUAGCCCUUUUUCAGUGUUUCCGCAGGACCUCUCGUGUUCUUUUUAUUAUGUUUGUUUGUUUGGUUUUCUUUGGUCUUACUGCUAUGAGCUGACGUAGAUGCAAAUGCAGGUCCACCAUUAUUUCUGUUAGUAUGCAUUCAGAAUGAAUAAAAUACUUGUGGCAUGUUUGCUCUGUACAGUCCGCUCUCACUUGACACGUUGGAAAUAUUGACCAUCGGUUUUGUUCAGUAUUUUGACUGGAAGCCUUAAAGGUCUCUCAACUGCUUUAUCUCUUAUUUUCCCCUCUGUAUGCUAAAUCCCAAAUCUUUAUACGAUUUUAGUUUAGAGAAGUGUUUUCAUUUUGUUCCAGUUUUAAAAACCUGUAUUUGUCAUGAAUAAAAAUGAAGAAAAAACGCUGGUGUG